AAUUGGAUGGUUGUGUAUUUUUACGGAAAGUAGUAGCUAUAUGGUCGUUGCAAAGUAGUGUGAAAAUGUCUGAAACAAAGAGAAUAAGAACGCAAAACUUUUCUUCUGAUGAGAAAAUGAAGGUGUUGAGCCUAGUUGAGAGGCAUAAAAAUAUAAUAGAAAAUAAGAGGACGGAUGCUGUUUCCUGCAAAGAAAAGGACGCAGCAUGGGAGAAGUUGGCAAAUACUUUUAAUGCAGGAUCUUCGGUAAUGCGGAGUAAAGAAUCGUUGAGGAAACUUUAUGAAAAAUUAAAGCGCGAUGCAAAAGUUGCACAUUCCACCGAAAAAAUAAAUCUCAUGAAAACUGGUGGUGGACCAAAUUCGGUUGUAAUAAUUGACCCAGUCAUUUUGAAGACAUCGACUUUGAUGGGGAGGAGUUGCACUGGGUUGCAGAAUCCGUACGACGAUGAUUUUGAAAUUGAUGCAACAAAAAGAGUUACUCUUGAAGAAGAUCCUGAAAAAUCUGUGGAAGCUGAUGUGCAGUACAAUUCUAUCUGCAUUGAAGUCAAUCCUAAUGAUGGGAACUCCAGGGAAUUUGAAAUGGCGAAUGAACUCACUUCACCUGAUGUACCAAUGAUCCUUGAAAUGGGACAAAUUUCGUCCCCAUCAACUUCAUCUGCAUCUAAGAAAAAGAGGAAAUGGUGUGAUCGCAGGCGACCUGCUUUGAAGAAGAGUGAUGCAGUACAAGAGCUGCAUGCACUGUGCAAAGCGUUUGAAAGCUCAUCUGCAUCAAAGAAAGAAACUGAAGAAUUAAAAGUUCAACACAUGAUGGAGCUUCAAAAAAUCAAAGUUCAAAUUCUAGAGGCAGAGUUAAAAAUCAAAGAAGAAGACCUCAAAAUUCGACAAGAAAUUUUACGAAAUCUUAAGGAAGGUACAUUACCAAUCCAACAUGCUAUGGGUCUAUCUCAGAGAGACCAUUUUGUACCAUGAUUCGUUGCCUGAAUAAAAUAAAACAAAACAAAACUGGCACUGGCAUUUACAAUAUGUUGUAUACAUACUUACAAAGCUUGAAUCAAUUUUAUUAUUUAACGUUACAAUAAAAUGUUUUAUACUAGCUAAGUUCUUUUAUUAGCGUGUAUCAUAUUCCAUUUACACACAUUCACUAAUUAAUUAAAAAAAACUAUUAUGGUAGUCAUAUGUAAAUAUUUCAUUACAAAAAAUUAAAUAUUUUGUAUAAUUACUGUUAACACAUAAUAUUUACUCUUGUUGUACUUAGAGAUAACUAGAAUAUUCUUAUCAUAUGUUAAUGUAUUAAGAAAUUUGUACAAAAACCCGUGAAAAAUAAAAAAGCAUAUUUUUCCUAGAGCACAGACUUACAUAAUUUUAUAACAAGAUUAGAAUGUCUUAUAUAAAUGUAUUUAAGGGACAAUUUAGCAGGACAUAAGUUCAAAUAUUAAUUAAACUCUUCUCACAACCUGUUGUAAUGAAAUGUAAUUUUAAGGCGUCAUUAAAGAUUGGUGAUCACAUUUUGCUGCAAGGUGUGUUAGUUAUGACACAUUACCAUGAGGCAAAAAAAAGGUCUGAAAUUGAUCUACUGGCAUUCAUUGUAUUUGGUCUCUACUGUUUUUGUGUAUUUAAUGAUGUACACGCCUACUAUGUACAGCUACACGUUGCUGUGUCAAAUUCUUUAAGUAUAACUACUAGUACUAUAACUAAUAGUAAUCUUAGAGUGAAGUAACGAUGCACACUUGCAGAUGGUAGUAUUCUUGUAACACUACCUGUGUUAUUUCCCUUAGCUUACACAUAACUGAUUUAAAUGAAAGGACAGAAGCUGUAUGUAAAAAAAAAUAUUAAAUAUAGAAUUUUUAAUUGUGGUGGCAGGUGGAAAGAAAACUUUAGGUAAUUUCAUAUGGUUUGAAACAGGAUUGAGAAGACAAUAGGUUGUAAAUCACUAUAGUUAAGAGUAGAUAGAAUCAUAAGUGUGUGUGUAGCUUGCAACUGAGACAAUAUUUAUUAAAUAAUAAAUAUAACAAACAAAUACCCUGAAGAAUAUUAAAUAUAAACAAAACACAAAACACUAUGGAUAGAAACAUUAUUGUGUGCUGGGAUAUGGCAGUGCAGAUUGAGAGGAAAAAAAGAUUAAUUACUAUUGUUUAUUGUGGCUUUCCAAGUUAUGUAUAACAGCUUUAAAAUACCGGAUAUAGGGCGGCACAGAUGUAAAAUAAAUACAACAGUUCAUUAGAUUCAAAAUAUAGUUCGUAAAAGGUCCAUUGACGAAAAACAGUUUAGGUGGAGAAAAUUCCAAAUUAACUCAAAUUACAGUUAAUCAGUUGUGGUAAGAAUGUAGGAAAAAUAAUUAUUAACUCAGUUUUCUCAAGUCUUUCUUACUUAUGCCUCAGCUAUAACUCAGGGUCACUUAAGUUCCAACAUCAGACCUCUGAGCAGAAUAGAAAUGUAAUUACUGUAGAAAGCUCAAUUUAAUUAAAUUCAAUGUUCAAAAUGUAAUUUAAACUGUAAACAAGAUACUAGAAUGGCUUUAUAAUAGUUCAAAAAUGCCACAAGGGCGUUUCUGCAAAAGUCCGUUUUAAGGACGCUACGAUGGUAAGAUGGUUAAACUUUAGCUUCUAAAAUAGGCCUCAAAUAGAAGUUUGAAAAUAACUUAUCGGUGCAGGAACACGUUACACUCGCACUAGGGUUUCAACAAUGCCGAUGAUCUUAAAAACACUUAUUUUCCUGCUCUUACAAAUCUUAAUUAAAUUUAAAUUAUUUUCCUGAGGCCAGCGUCGGGAUAAUCCCAAACGAAGAAACACCUUUUCUUACUUCCUCUCUACAUUACCGAUUGCACGGCUGCACUUCCGCCUGGCGGCUGGAUGCAGAUAUAAAAUAGAGCCUACGGCUGUUAUCACCGCAGCCAAGAACAGGUAAAUUAUGAAAGUAAUUAACAAUAAAAAAAAAAUGUGAAAAUAUUGUACAUAAAAUAUCUGCGGUGAAAAAUAUUAAAAAAUAACAGAAAUAAAAUUACAACAAUCACAGAAAUAGGAAAUCAGGUUAGGUUUGAAGGUAUUAUGUGCAGUCCAAUGAUCAUAUAUGCUAGAAUGUAGCAUGACAGUUCUGUAGUUCUAUCGUUAAGCAGUUCACUCUGGACGUAACUUAUACAGUAGUAUUAAAUAAUCAUAAUAGUGUUAAUAAUAACAAAUACAUAAAUAUUAAUAAUAAACUUAAUAAAUAGUUUAUUAUAUCUGUACGCCGUACAACGUAACCGUACAAUUUGGUAAAGGGACAUCACCACAACAAACAAAUUUUAUGUUCACCACAGAAUAUAG